GCCCGCCCCGCUCCGAGAUGGCGGCGGCCGGGAGGGGCUGAGCCCGGCGGUGGCGGCGCCCACCGGGGGCGGCGGCUUCAGCGCCACCGGGGCCCGGCCGGGAGCUCCGGGGCCGCUCCUCGGCUUCCGCAGCGUCCCCGCCAUGAGGCCCGGCCCCCGCACAGACGCGGCCCCGGCCCCGGGGGCGGCCCGGUGAAGGCCCCGUCCGGCGAAGGAAGGCUCCAGGGCCCCGGCCCGGCGAAGGUCCCGGGACCGGCCCGGUAAAGGCUCGGCAAAGGUCCGGCCCAGCGAAGGGAGGCUCCGUGGAGGCCGCCCGGUGAGGACCCGGUGAAGGAAGACUUGGGGGAGGCCGUCCGGUGAAGGCCCCGGGACCGGCCCGGUAAAGGCCCGGCCCAGCAAAGGGAGGCUCUGGGGAGGCUGCCCGGUGCCGCCCGGUGAAGGCCCCGUCCCGGUGAAGGCCCCGGUGCAGGCCCGUCCCCAUCCCCGUCCCCGCCAUGCUGCGGCGGCUGCUGGAGCGGCCGUGCACGCUGGCCCUGCUGGUGGGCUGCCAGUUCGCCUUCGUCGCCUACUUCUCCCUGGGCGGCUUCCGCAACCUCACCUCGCUCUUCGGCCGCGCCGCCGGCCCCGUCUUCGACUACACCCGCACCCACGACGUCUACACCAACUUCAGCCGCCUGCAGCCGCCCGCCGCCCGCCUCGACGCCGACCCCGCGCAGCCGCCGCCCUACUGCCCCGAGCGCUCGCCCUUCCUCGUCGGCCCGCUGACGGUGAGCUUCAGCCGGGUGCCCACGCUGGAGCAGAUCCGGGCCAAGAACCCGGCGGUGCAGGCGGGGGGCCGCUACCAGCCGGCCGCCUGCGAGGCUCGCUCCCGCACCGCCGUCAUCGUCCCCUACCGCAACCGCGAGAGCCACCUGGGCUACCUGCUCUACUACCUGCACCCCUUCCUGCAGCGCCAGCAGCUGCAGUACGGCAUCUACCUGGUGCACCAGGCGGGCAACGGCACCUUCAACCGCGCCAAGCUGCUGAACGUGGGGGUGAAGGAGGCGCUGAAGGACGAGGAGUGGGACUGCCUCUUCCUGCACGACGUCGAUCUCAUCCCCGAGAACGACUACAACCUCUACACCUGCGACCCCUGGAACCCCAAGCACGUCUCGGUCGCCAUGAACAAGUUUGGGUACAACCUGCCCUACUCGCAGUACUUCGGGGGGGUCUCGGCUCUCACCCCGGAUCAGUACAUGAAGAUCAACGGCUUCCCCAACGAGUACUGGGGCUGGGGCGGCGAGGACGAUGACAUUGCCACCAGGGUGCGCCUCGCUGGCAUGAAGAUCGUCCGCCCGCCCGUCUCCAUCGGCCACUACAAGAUGGUGAAGCACAAGGGCGACAAAGGCAACGAGGAGAACCCGCACAGGUUCGACCUGCUGAUCCGCACGCAGCGGAUGUGGACGCAGGACGGGAUGAACUCCCUCACCUACACGCUGCUGGCCAAGCACCUGCACCCGCUCUACACCAACCUGACCGUGGACAUCGGCAGCGACCCCCGCGCCGGCCGAAGCCGCCAGGGCCCCGGCCGCGAGGGACAGAGGUACCGCAGCAGCAACAGCCCCUUCCGGGAGGAGAUGCUGCGCAAGCUGCCGGGGCUGGGGGACCUCAGGCUGGCCCUGUCCCCGCGGCUGCCCACAGCGGGGAACGGCACCCGGGGCGGCGCUGGCUCUGCCGGGGGGGUCACCGAGCGCAGCCCCGAGGCGACCGGGGACGGCGGCAGCCUGGCUGUGGCAGAGGGGACCCUUCCCACACACGGGUACAACCAGAGCUGGCCACCGGGCCCCCGUUAACCCCCCCCUGUGUGAACUGUUGGCUGGGAACCGGCACCGUGACGGGCCCCCCCCCGGCAUGCACCGGUUGCCAGGGCCGGCUCGUGCUGUUGCCUUGCUGGAGAGACCGUGGGGAGCGGCGAGCACGGAGCAGCCCGGGGAGCUGCUGGCUGCAGGGCUGGUGCCUGGCGCGGGGGGGGGGGGAGCCCCUCAGAAAAGGGGCCGGGGGAGCCCCGGGGGCGUUGGGGACUGGCUCGGCCCCGUCUCCCCGUAGGCGUGCAGGUGCCUGAAGAGAGUUGCAGGCUCCGCUGCUGGUGUGCGGUUAUUUAUUCUAUUUAUGAGCUGCUCCCUGGGCCUUUAUAAGGGGUUUUCCAUUAAAAAAACAACACUUUGUCCUA